AAAGUUGCGUGGCGUGCCGUGAAUCGUCGUUGACCGUGGAACGAAACGAACGACAGUCUCUACGACACUUCUUUUUGCAGCUGUUCUUGAUUGAUCGGUCAUUGCGUCGUGGAUUUCUAAUUUUCAUUUUAAACAUCUUUAAUUCUAAAUUCAUAUGUGUUUGAAAAUGUAAUAUAACAAAAUCAAAGACGUUAACACUGUGCAGUCAUCGAAACAAAAGACAUUGCAUGUGCUUUGAUUUCAUGACGUAACUGGAUUCUUUGGAAUAAUUGUGUUUGGGUGAAAUAAAGGUCGUGUUCGGCCGAGGAUCGGUCGAUGCGGCAGCUUCUCGUGCGUCGUGAUUUUUGACAGCACUGAAUAUGUGGGAUGUGGAUUCUGAUUCGCGGAGCGCGUCCUCGGACGGGCUCCGUCGUCGUCAAGGAUGGGAUCCCGAAGCGGAGAGUCUUGCUUCGCAGAUGGACGAGCUCGACGAAGUGCUUGCCGAAGAGGAAGAAGGAUGUCCAUUACCCUCUACACCCGAAGAUCAACAUCUGUUGGAUGCAGAAAUGGCAGAAGUGUUAAAAGCUGGUGUUUUAUCCGACGAAAUAGAUCUUGGUGCUUUAGCGCAUAACGCUGCCGAACAAGCCGAGGAGUUUGUCCGUAAAGUUUGGGAGGCGUCGUGGAAUGUUUGCCAUUUUAGGCACCUGCCGCGUUGGCUUCAAGACAACGACUAUCUGCAUAAAGGACAUAGGCCUCCACUUCCUUCCUUUAGUGCGUGUUUCGCAUCUAUAUUCCGUAUUCAUACUGAAACUGGCAACAUCUGGACCCACUUACUUGGUUGUGUGGCAUUCAUUGGAGUAGCCAUUUAUUUUUUGUCUCGCCCAUCUAUUGAAAUACAAAUGCAGGAGAAAAUGAUCUUUGGUGUAUUUUUUGUUGGCGCAAUAGUUUGUUUAGGAUUUUCAUUUGCUUAUCAUACCCUUUACUGCCAUUCGGAGAUGGUUGGAAAAUUGUUUUCUAAGUUGGAUUACUGCGGGAUAGCUCUCCUGAUCAUGGGUUCAUUUGUUCCGUGGUUGUAUUACAGUUUCUACUGCCACUACAGGCCUAAAAUCAUAUAUUUAUCUGUAGUGGUUGUUUUAGGAAUUUUGUCAAUAAUAGUGUCCCUUUGGGACAGGUUUUCCGAGCCUCGCCUGCGACCUCUUCGAGCGGGAGUGUUUAUGGGUUUUGGACUGUCAGGAAUAGUGCCAGCAAUUCAUUAUGGUAUCACUGAAGGUUGGUUUAGUCAAGUCAGCAAGGCAUCUCUUGGUUGGCUGGUUUUGAUGGGUCUACUAUAUAUAUUAGGUGCUAUGUUCUAUGCAUUACGAGUGCCUGAACGCUGGUUCCCUGGAAAAUGCGACAUUUGGUUUCAGUCACACCAAAUAUUCCAUGUCCUUGUAAUUGUAGCAGCAUUUGUACAUUAUCAUGGUAUCAGCGAGCUCGCCUCUUACCGUGUCACAGUUGGGGAAUGCUCUAUGCCUCCAUCUUCUAUUGCAUUCUAGCCCCUUCGUCAAAUGUGAUAGUAGACCAUAGAUAAAUUUAAGUAGGUAACAAACCAUUUAAUAGCUACAUCAUAUAUUUUUAAAAAUGUAAAUUUAAUACAUUUUGUAAAUUUUUAAACAACAUGAUUAAGUACUAUGUUUAAAUAACCCAUAGAGGCUGAUAAAAUCAUUGAAAAUAAUGAAGUUAUGGUAGUGGAGAGGAGGGGUAAAGGGGUCAUAUUUUUAUCUUUUUAUUGUCUGCAACUGGCAAGUAAUUUAAUUCUAAGCUCUCAUUUUUAACACCACAUUCACUGAAGAUUGCAGUUUGCACACACAGUCUAUAAUUAUUUGAAGUACACUUUCUAUUAUUAUUGUACUUAAUUUUUUGGACUUUAUUUUACUACAACUAAAAUGUAAGAUCAUUUUUAGAGUAGUGUAGUACAGACCACUAAAUAAAAUAAAUUGUUCUUCCACAAAAUAUUUCAUGUAUAUAAUUCUUCCAUGUCCAACAACAUUGUCAAUGUGUUAAAAAAUCAUUGUAAUAUUAUUUUCAUUAAAAUUAUUUUAUUUAUAUUUUCUACAUCCACAUUCAUUUAUAUUCUCAGCUUUAUAGCACUGUAGUCCUAUACUGAUAGAUUGUUGAUUGAUAUAUUUAUAUUGAUACUUCAUUUACUUUGUUUUUGUUUCUUUGUAGGUAUAAUUUUUAUUGAGGGUAUAUAUAAUUUUUUUAAAUGUAGUGUAAAAGUUAAAUACCAAUGGGUCUAGAUAUAUUCAGCAAGUACACAGCCACUUUGAAGAUACAUUCCAUAUUUUAUCUCAGCAUAAGCUGUUUUCAUAGUAGUAAUUUGUUAUUUCUUGAAAUACAUAAGUACCUUUAUCACUACUAAAAAUUAUUGGUCAUUAUGUGCAUAUUUUCAUAAUUAUUUUGAGGUCUGUAUUAGGAAUAAAUAGACAUGUAUUUCGAUUAAUUGAAAGUAUAUUCUAAAUUGUUGUAAGUGUUCAUAUGUGUAAAGAUUUUAUGAGAAUGAAAAUAAUAAAAAAAUGUGAUGUAUAUUGCUCUAUCUUUAAACAAAAAACUUUGGAUAGAUAUUUGAAAGGAAUAUAAAUUAAUACUGUACCUAUAAUGUUGGGAAAUAUGUAAAAUACUAUUGUUGAUAUUGCAAUAUUAUUAUAUUUUAUAAUAACAUAAGUAACUUCUGUUGAAUAAAUUUCUGAGAAAAUAAAAUUAUUAAGAACAUCUUGAAAACAAACCCUUUUAAAAAAUAUCACCCUUAUCUUUCAGUAGUAGGAAAGAGUAAUUUUAACUAGUUAAUUGUCUUGAAAGAUAUUGCAAAAUCAAUGAUGAUAAUAAAUAAAUCUUAUGGGCUCCAUGAAUGGUCAAGCAAAUUAAGUCAAGUAUGUAUAUACUGCUGCUUGUCGAAGACAUAUAGAGUUGUUCCAUUUUCUUGGUAUUACUAGCAACAGUAAGUGUUUGCUUGACUCGAGCUGCUUGACCAUUUAUGGAGUCCAUUAUACAAUACUGUAAAGACAAUGUCUUAAAUUAUAAUAAAGUAAAAUUAAGCAUCUGAAUUAAAUAAGUACAGCUUUCUUAUACUAACAAAUGAGUUUGAGAAUGUUGUUACAUUCUUUUUGAAUUUCAUUAUGGCAUAUCAAAAUUAAAUCGGGGUAUUUGACUGAUGAUGAAAGACAAUAUAAAUAUUUGAUUAUAUGUUACUUUAUUAUGUGAACAUUGUUUGCUUAGUUUUGUUGUCCAUUAGACCACUGAAUUAAAAACAUUUCUUUGUUUUAGAAUCUAAUAAUAAUUUAAGUAAAAUUGUAUUCAAGAAGUAGGCACAAAAUUAGAUUCCAAUAUGAUUUUAGCACGUUAUAUUAUUAUUUGUAGUUCUAACACUGUACGUAUUAGAAGUAUUUGGAUCUAAAAAUCAAAUUGUAAUAAAAGUGUUUACUUACUGCUUUCAUUGUUCUUGGUAAGAUUUGUUGAAUACUUGUUUUGGUGGGAUUUGAUUAUGCAAUAAAUUAUAUUAAAAUCA